UCAUGGCGACCAGCAUGAAAAUCGAAAACCAACCAAGUCUAGCGAAUCUUUUCGAGCUACAAGACAAUGAGAGACUUGAGGGGAUCAGUUUACAUACUCCUGGUGGAACUAUGUACAAGGGAAAAGAGAGCAAUACAUUAUCUUUGUUAAACAAAUUCAGAGUCGAAGGAGAAUCGGGUUUUUGCGAUGUCAUCCUUGAGGUGGAGGGUCGUCAACUCACGACACAUCGUUGUGUUUUGGCGGCCAAUAGCCAGUUCUUUUACACCAUGUUCGGUAGCGGUAUGAAGGAAUCGAGCCAAAAACUUUUGCGCCUGCAUUCAGUUAGUUUUACAGCUAUGUCGCUAAUCCUAGAGUAUUUCUAUACCCGUGAAAUUCUCAUCGAUGAGGACAACGUUCUAGAUCUGCUUCAUGCGUCCAGUUUCUUACUUGUGAUACCAGUGAAGAACGCCUGUAUAGAAUUGCUCUCCAAACAGCUUGCUAGUGAUAACUGUUUCAGCGUUCUUCAGAUAGCAGAGCAGUUUGGCGCAGAUUUGCUCGCAAGAAAGGCCAAGAAUUUUAUCAAGGUAAACUUUUCCAUCGUGGUAAAGAAUGAAGAAUUCGCGUCGAUUUUACAAAAGGAUUUAGUGUCCUUUCUAUCUAGUGAUGAGAUUCAAGUGGAGAAAGAGGAGGAGGUUUAUCAAUGUGUGUUGAAAUGGGUUAAACAUGAUGAGGCCAAUCGCUCCCCUGUUUUACCAGAAUUACUGAAGCACCUACGAAUGGCCUCUCUUCCAAAAGGGUUCCUUCAGUCAAGUAAAGAACCACUAGUGAAGGAAAAUACAUCUCUUUGUGUUCCUGCCCCAAAGAAAGUGAAAAAAAGAAAGUGGACAAGGAAAUCCAAGAAAUCAAAGGAUAUAAAAUCUCUUGCAGAGAAGCAGGUGAGGCCAUCAACAGAGAUGCAUGAUGUUCUUGUAGGAGUUGGAACUGAAGACUGCCGUAGGGCAUUUUGUUAUGAUUUCAAGAAAAAGGAGCUUUUUUCCUUGCCAGAUUUGUCAUUCUUUCAGUACAGUCCACAUUUGGCUGUUAUUGGACGAACACUUUAUUUAGUUGGAGGUCUAAAGUAUGGAACUGAAGCUGCGAAGAGGGUCAGUGCCUUGAAUUUUGACGAUACAAAGAAACUGUGUUCUAUACCAGGAGUUAGAGUCCAACUUGAUUGGAAAGUAAAGUCAUCCCAUGAAGCGCCUAAAGUGAAGGGAUCCCUUGUUGCCUUCAAUGACCUUUUGUACUACAUUGGUGGGUGGCAAGUAUCUGAUUGCUCUGGUAUGGUGGAGUGUUACAAUCCACAACUGGAUGAGUGGAGCAUUUGUGCAGGACUUGAUACACCCAGAUGUAAGUCUGGUUGUGUUACAACUGAGUCACACAUUUAUAUUAUUGGUGGAGGAACGAGGUAUCUCGAACGUAGAGAUACAACACUUUCUAGUGUUGAAAGGUAUGACCCAGAUAAAGAUUCUUGGUCUUAUGUUGCUUGUUUGAGAGAAGCCAGAUCAAUGCCAGGAUGUGUGUACUGGAGUGGCAAGAUCUAUGCCAUUGGAGGAAUUGAUCCAAGUGGAGUUCAAACCACCAGCUGUGAGGUGUAUACCCCUAGUAUCAACCAAUGGCAACCCAUUGCAAAACUUCCUUACCCUCACUGUCCAGUCAACAAUGUUAUCAUUGUUAAAAACCAAGUUACUGUUCCUCUCAGGCUUGAGACCACGUCUUUCUCCUGUGAUGCUGUGAAGUACAAUGCACGGUCCAACAAGUGGCAGAAAGUGAAAAGCCUCACCUUAAGUGACAAGAUAGGCUCCUAUACCCUUCAAACCAUGAAGCUACCACAGCUGAUUUUACAAAGACUGUGUAAAGAACAUUGGCCAACAGAUUUCUUUGCAGAUUGGAAAGAUUCUGAUGACGAUGAUGCCUAUUUUGACAGUGACAGUGAAACCUCAAGUUUCUACUGGAACUCACCUAGUGAUGUUGAUGAUUACCAUGUAGAGUCUGAAGGUGAAUUUGAUUAUUUGUUUUUCUAAGCUCUGCCAAACUUCCCUAACCCUUGGACUUACAGGUGAUACUGGAUAAACCUCUUGCUGCCCUAAAUACUCUAGCUUUUAAGAUCAGUUUUGUGUUUUUCUCUUUAAGUUGCUGAACAUAUUUGUGUAAAUUGGUUCAGAAAAUUUGAGGUUACUACAGAGAAAUAUCCUUGAGCCUAUAGCUUGUAUAUUUUGUCACCAGUUGGCUUUUAACUUAGUGUUAUUGUCGCAGGAAGUUACAGUUUAACCAUUGAUUGGAGUUGAAGGUUGUGAUUUCUCUUCAGGUUUAAUUACAAGUAUGUGUAGCCAAUGAUUAUUAUUUUGUUAAUUGUUUCAUCUGGCCCUAGGUUGUAGGUUGUUAAUGAGUUUACCUGUAUGUCUAAAUAUGCGAUUGCAAUUGAGUUGUCGUAGUGCUAAAUUGACUUUUCAUAAUAUUCCAAUAAGUUGCAUAGGACAAGAAAUAUUGACUGAUUGCUCUCCUUAGUUGAUGUUGUUGGUUUAGACUUCAAUUUUAGAGCACCAAGAGUAAGUUAGUUGUUCAAGGGAUGCCUUACAUUUGUGCAAAACAUUGAUGUAUUUUCCAUAACUGGUACUUUCAACUUUUUUUUUAUACAAUUAUUUCUGAUUGGCAAGUUUUGCUUGCAAGUGAAGAAUUGUUAUUUAGAAUAACAAGAACCAACAUGAGCCACCAUUGUCAUGCUAAGCAGGAAAAAGAAAUGAUUAAUAUUGUUGAAAACUUUUGUUUAAGAAACUGUUUUGUUAAAAUAUGUCAGACUGUCAGGGCUCCAGGAUGAUUUUGGCUGCCAUGGUUUAAAGAAGAAGAUUUUGGCCACUGAAGGUGGCUUUAUUUGUAUUUUAUUAUGCUCAUGGUCCAAAGUUAAAAUUUAAAUUAGUGAAAAUUUACAUUAAAAAAAUCAUUGGAUAUUUCACAAAUGUCCUCUGAUUGUUGACUAAGCUUUUAUGUUGGUAAACGAUUAGUUAACUCCAGGUGGCUAAAUGGUGUCCUGGAAAUAGGUUGAGCUUGGAGCCUUGACAGAAAGACUUUUGAUGUAAUAUUUGUUGUUAUUGUUAAUGGGGUCCAUUGAUUUGGUCAUGGUCUUUGUUAUAGAAGAUACAUCAGUUUUAUCAGCAUAUCUUUGAUAAAAAAAAAAGACUUGCUUUUAAUUUUUUAACAUUUUAAUGGCCAUGAAAAUCACAGGCAAAUAAGAGCAAUUUCAACCUAAAAAUCAGUAGUUUGAUUCAAUUAUUAAAGAUAGUUAAGUAGACUAGGAUUCCAUUGAUAUAAAUACUGAUUUUUUUUUACAUCAUGUUAAGUAUUGAGUAGCUUAGUAUUUUGAUAACAUGUUGUUUGUAGGUUAAGACUAAGAGCUUAAUUGAUUUUCACUUGAUUUUAUUGCUUUAGAGAUAUUAAGAGUUUCUCAUUCGAAGAUAUGCUAUUAAUUGGUAAAAGGCUGAUUUCGUAUUUGUUCUUGUUGUCUUUCCCAGUUAGGUCUUAGCAGCUCAAAGAAUCAUUAGAAGAAAAUAUUAACUUUC